AUGUUCAUUGGCGGACUGAACUGGGAAACCACUGAUCACUCUCUUCAUGACUAUUUUUCGCAAUUCGGCGAAGUUCAGGAAUGCACCGUUAUGAGAGACAGCGCUACCGGUCGCUCACGUGGAUUUGGAUUCUUGACUUUCAAAGACCCUAAGACGGUCAAUACAGUCAUGGUUAAAGAGCAUUUCUUGGAUGGAAAAAUUGUAAGACCUACCCAUUUUGAUGAAUCCCCGGACGAGCAGCAAAAGCUUGGUACCCUGUCUCGAUGGAAAAUGGAAAGCCGGCAAAUCAGAGACUUACGUGAUGGCGCGCAGAUCGACCCUAAACGCGCAAUUCCUCGAGACGAACAGGAGAAGACAGCUAAAAUUUUUGUGGGAGGGGUCAGUCAAGAUGCAACUGAAGAAGACUUUGAAGGGUUUUUCGCCCAGUUUGGCCGAGUCGUGGACGCUACUCUGAUGAUGGAUAAAGACACCGGUCGGCCACGUGGUUUCGGCUUUGUGACCUUUGACAGUGAUGCCGCCGUUGAAAAGUGUCUCGAGUAUCAUCCUUUGGAGAUCCUCGGGAAGCCCAUCGAAGUCAAGCGUGCUCAACCGAGAGGCAAGAUGGGCGAAGAGGACGACCUCUCCCGUGGUCGAGGAAGGGGAAAAUUCGGCCGAGAUGAUCGCUUUGGCAAUGACGGCGGUCAAGCCGCCCAAACAGGAUCCAACCAGACUCCAAACAUGAUGGGUGGUAGCAGUGGCAUGACUCCUCAGAUGAUGGCACAAUACUGGCAAAGAAUGCAACAAUACUUUGCAAUGAUGCAACAGCAAAUGGCAGCAAGUAUGAUGGGUAACAUGGGCAACAUGGGAAAUAUGGCCGGCAUGGGAAACAUGGCCAUGGGCCAGAUGAAUCCUCAACUGAUGGCGCAGAUGCAAAUGCAACAACAAAUGCAGAAAAUGCAGGGUGGAAACAGUCCGAAUCCACAGAGCCCUAACAACAUGGGCAAUAUGCCGGGCAUGAAUCCUCAGAUGAUGCAUAACAUUAUGCAGAUGCAGCAAGGUGGAAUGAGUGGGAUGAAUAUGGGCGGUGCUCGACCUCCAAUGGGUCCUAGCAACAUGGGAGGAGGACGUCCAGGGUUUUCAGCCCAAGAACAGCUGGCAUUUGAACAACAAAAGUACGAACAUCAACAAGCUCGUCGACAGGGGAAUUUUCCACAAGGCCUGCGUGGUCAAGGCUUCCAGAACCAAAACCUCGGGGGACCUCAGUCAUGGGAAGGCAUGUAUGAUGAUGUCCCUCAACCGGAGGGCAAUGCGGGAGGCAGAGCUUCUGCCGGACCGGUUCGCAAUAUCACACCCAAACCACCCAAAGGCCCCAGUGCAGCGACUCAACCGAGCGCUGCUCCGGCAAAUGCACCCACGGGACCCAAAAACGCCGGAAAACCAGGCGCCAAUUUUCGGGGAGGCAGAGGAAGAUACCAUCCUUAUGGAAGAUGA